GCGCGCGAGUGAGACUCCGACGGCGCAGUGUGGAUGCACCCGGGACAGCGCUGCAUCGGCGGGACCGUGCCCCGGGUUCGUGCGCUGGCGACGCGACGCCGCCGACGCGUCGCCGAGGACGACCGCUGACUCGGAGCACCUCUACUGGAACUGGACGGAAUUCUCGACGGAGAGACGGCGUCUGCAGGGCUCCACAUGCCGACGGGAACGACGCUGGAAGGCGUCCCAUAGUCAGCCGCUGCCCGCAACGGGUCCGUGGCCACCUUUCCCAUGGUGCAGGCCGGCAACAUGGUCAAGGAUGCGGACUGGGACAUCAACGACAACCACGUGCCCAGGGUGAGCUCGUUCGACGACUACCAGGAGUGGGCGGACGGGCACUGCCGCUACGUGUACCGGCCGGAUUGCGAGGAGGCCCGGCGCCACUCGUCCGGCUGGGCCAUGCGCAACACCAACAACCACAACGUACACAUCCUCAAGAAGUCCUGCCUGGGCGUCCUGGUGUGCUCCCUGCGCUGCGCUUCCGACGCUGGCCUCAGGGUUCACCUCCGGCCGGCCAUCUGCGACAAGGCGCGCAAGAAGCAGCAGGGCAAGCCGUGCCCGAACCGUCGCUGCCCGGGCCGGCUGGAGGUGCUGGCAUGCCGCGGCCACUGCGGCUACCCGGUGACCCACUUCUGGCGACACACGGACACGGCGGUCUUCUUCCAGGCCAAGGGGGUGCACGACCACCCGCAGCCCGAGCCCAAGGCCACGGCUGAGGCGCGGCGCUCCCUCAGGGCCCCCGGCAGCAAGAGGCACCUGACGUCGGCCAGCCAGCUCCAGGUACGACCCUUGCCGUACAGGGGUUCCUGCCUGCGGCUCCGGAAGAAAUAA